AUGGCCGCCACCCUUCUAGGCCCACCUGAACUCUACACGCCCAAGCCCACCACCACCUCCACGUCAUCAAACCCCACCGCCACGUCAUCAGAGCCAUUCAUAGACCAAAUGGUCUCAAGCUUCAACGCCAUAGCAACCCAACAAAACCCUCCAAUGGGCCUAACAGAAAACAUGUCCCCAACAUUUCUCUCCACAGGAAACCCAUCUCUCGAUUUCUUCUUCCAUGUUGUUCCCGACACACCCCCUCAAACACUCCUCCACAUUCUCCAACUCGCCUGGGCCCACAACCCCCUCACCGCCCUCAAACUCGUUUGUAACCUACGUGCCGUCCGUGGCACCGGAAAAUCCGAUCGCGAAGGCUUCUACGCUGCCGCGCUCUUCCUCCACCGCCACCACCCCAAAACCCUCGCGUUCAACAUCCCCUCCCUCGCCGAUUUCGGCUACUUCAAGGACCUUCCUGAAAUCCUCUAUAGGCUUCUAGAAGGUUCCGAGGCUCGCAAAAUGCAGAAAGAGAAGUGGCAAAAUCGAAAGCGAAAGGCUUCGACCCAGAAAAAGGAAAAGGUGAAAAAUGAGUGUUUGGAGUCCAAAGAAAUUAGGGUGAUGAACGCGAUUAAGAGGGUAAAUGCUGAGAAAGAAAGUGCUCAUCUUUUAAGAGAGGAGAAAAGGGUUUCCAUGGCUAAGAAGCUCGUUGACCGUUAUUCAAACGACCCAGAUUUUCGGUUCCUUCAUGAUCGUAUCUCUGAGUAUUUCGCGGAGUGUUUGAAGCAAGAUAUGCAGUUUUUGAAUUCUGGAUCGGUAACAAAAAUCAGUCUUGCUGCUAAAUGGUGCCCUUCUGUGGAUUCUUCUUUUGAUCGUUAUACUCUGCUGUGUGAGAGUAUUGCCAAAAGGGUUUUCCCUCGUGAGGUUUAUAAGGAGUAUGAAGGGGUUGAGGAGGGGCAUUAUGCUUAUAGGGUUCGUGAUCGGUUGAGAAAGGAGGUUUUGGUGCCUUUGAGGAAGGUUUUGGAGUUGCCUGAGCUGUAUAUUGGUGCAAAUCGUUGGGAUUUGAUUCCUUACAAUAGGGUUGCUUCUGUGGCGAUGAAGUUUUACAAGGAGAAGUUUUUGAAGCAUGACAAGGAGCGGUUUGAGGCUUAUUUGCAGGAUGUGAAGUCUGGGAAGAGUACCAUUGCUGCUGGUGCUUUGCUUCCUCAUGAGAUUAUAAAGUCUUUGGAUGAUGGAGAUGGUGGUGAUGUGGCUGAGUUGCAGUGGAAGAGGAUGGUGGAGGAUAUGCUUAAGAAAGGGAAAAUGAAGAAUUGUUUGGCUGUUUGUGAUGUUUCUGGAAGUAUGAGUGGGAUUCCCAUGGAGGUGAGCGUGGCAUUGGGGAUGUUGGUAUCUGAAUUGAGUGAGGAGCCUUGGAAGGGGAAGGUUAUUACUUUCAGUCGCAGGCCGCGGCUUCAUUUGAUCAAAGGGGAUGAUCUUAAGUCCAAGACUGAGUUUGUGAGGAACAUGGAGUGGGGGAUGAACACUGAUUUCCAGAAGGUGUUUGAUUGCAUAUUGGAAGUGGCUGUGAAUAGGAAUCUGAAGCCGGAUCAGAUGAUUAAGAGGGUGAUUGUGUUUAGUGACAUGGAGUUUGAUCAAGCAUCGGCAAACCCUUGGGAAACUGAUUAUCAAGCAAUUGUUAGGAAGUAUAGUGAGAACGGGUAUGGCUCUACUGUGCCUCAGGUAGUUUUUUGGAAUCUGAGAAACUCAAGGGCCACCCCGGUGCCUGCCACUCUGAAAGGAGUGGCACUAGUUAGCGGGUUUUCUAAGAAUCUACUGACAUUGUUCUUGGAUAGUGAUGGGGAGCUAAGCCCUGUAGAUGCCAUGGAAGCUGCUAUUUCUGGCCCAGAAUAUCAGAAACUAGUUGUGCUUGAUUAA